GAGGACUUCUGGUCCCCUGACCAUGGAUCCAUCAUCCCUCCCAGUUUCUUGACCAUCCCUUUCACCAUGAGUGGAGCUGAGUCACAAAACGAGAGGGAGGACCUCUGGUCCCGUGAACCUGAUCCUUUCAUCCUCAGUCUUGAGGAGGAAAGAGCAGUUGCUCCUGCAUCGAGCUGUGAGUCCAUCAAGAGUGACCGCUCCAUGACCCCCCCUCUUUCUUUCAAAGGGAACAUCUCAUACAAACAUGAUAACACCAAAUACAGAGUUGAGAUCAUUCCAGGAUCUCCUUCUGUCUACCGGCUGAAACCAGAAGAAAAGAACAUUGGCUCUAUAAGAAGACUGACUCUCGGUGAAAGAGAUCCAACAAAGAUAAACAAAACCAUCUUGCUUGUUGGUGAAACAGAAACAGGAAAAUCAUCUCUGAUCAACGCUCUGGUUAACUACGCCCUGGGAGUGGAUUUUGAGGAGGAUGUCUGUUUUCAGAUGGUACAGGAAGAGGAGAAGAGUCAAUCAGAAACUCAGACGUCAGACGUGAUCGUGUACGAGGUCUUUGGUCUUGAAGACAGAACUCUGCCCUUCUCUCUGACCAUCAUCGAUACCCCUGGAUACGGACAUACCAAAGGGAUUGACAAAGAUGUCCUCGUCAGCGAAAGAUUGUUGGACUUGUUCUGCUCAACAGAUGGAGUUCAUGAGAUCGAUGCAGUGUGUCUGGUGCUGAAAGGGAGUGACUGUCGACCGAGUGACCGACUGAUGUACGUCUUUGAUUCAGUGGUGUCUCUGUUUGGAAAAGACAUAGAGAAGAACAUCGUUGCCCUCGUCACAUACUCAGAUUUUUUUAGCCCUCAUAAUGUUCUACAAGCUCUGAAAGAUGCGAAAAUCAUGUGUGCAAAAGACGAGGAGGGUCAGCCUGUUCAUUUCAUGUUUAAUAACGCCCAGAAAAGAGAGAGAAAUAAAAAAAUAAGCUUGCUCUAAAGAAUGCUUGGGAAUCAACAGAGGACCAAAUCAGUCAAUUCGCAGAUUUCCUGAAAAGAACCAAACCUCAGGACCUGAAAAAAACCGUUGAAGUGUUGAAUAGACGCAUCAGCCUGACAGCCUGCAUCCACAACCUGCAGGAGAGAGUUCAGUUCAUUGAACAGAAACAGAGAGAGAUCAAACAGACUCAGGAAGGUCUGAAGAAACACGAACAAGACAUGAAGAAUAACAAAGACUUCACAAUAGAAGUUGAUGAAGUCUAUAAAUGUAAAGAACGUUUAAACUGGUGGUGGUGGUCGUUAAACUUUGGAGCUACCUGCUGUGAAGUCUGUAAGGAGACUUGUCACUAUCCAUGCCCAGUGGGCCUGGAUGGAUGUCAGGUCAUGCAAAACAAAUGCACAAUAUGCAACAAAGAGUGUAGUGUAUCAGGCCAUAAGAAUGAGCUCUACUGCACAGCAUGUACUGGGAAGUGUCAUGUAUCCAAACACGUGAAAGCAAAACAAUGCACUGCAUGUGAGGAUGAGUGCAGUGAUUCAAAUCAUCUGAAAACACACUGGGAAUAUGUGAGAAAGACCAGGAGAGUUAAGAAGGACAAACAAGAGAUGAAAGAGAUGUUUGAGAAGAGUGAAAAAGAAAGUGAGGAGUCAGGGAGCCUCUUGGAAACUCUCCAGAAGAAAAUGACAGAGCUCCAGAAAGACAAAGAUCAGUUUCUGGAAGAGUCUUUCCAACAUGUUGUCAGACUGGAUGAGAUCGCUCUGAAGGUUGUUUCCCUGGCCACUCAGGUCCACCUGGACUUCCUGAUUGAGAAGAUGAGGGAGAAGGGAGAAACAGAGAAGGUCAAGAAACUGGAGGAGAUGAAAAGCAAAAUGGAGGAAAAUCCAAGAAUAAAAUCAGCGCUGAGCUACUUGUCUGUAUGGUAAAGCCACUAGGGAUCUCCUCCAAGAGAACACAGCUGAGAAGAAAACAAGCUCUACAGUUUGAUGAAAGGUAUUUCAUUAUACCAAGUGUGAUGUUGAUAAUGUGAUUGACCUUUUUUAUCUUUGUAAUUCCUGGAAACAGCGUCCUGUGUGGUUUACCGUUCAAUAACCAACCCUUACUUCACUGUACACAUUAUGGACAAUUCAUACUUUCCACGUGUGGGUUCCCUUUGUCCUUUGUGACCCAAAGUCUCUCCUCACAAUGUCCGUGAAGUUCCGCAUGCAGCCCAAACUGUAGCUAACUGUGCAUGCUCCUCCAGCUGGUUACCAAGCAGAAGAAGAAGAAGAAAACAAACUGAAGGAUUGUUUGGAAGAGAUGUUGAAUGAGGAUACUCGUCGUUACCAGCAUGAAUAUAAUUGAGAGAGUUUGUGGAGCUCCAGACGAACACAGACCCUCAAUUGUUGCUCUGGUUUCAAAUUGAGGAAAGAGCCCCCCCUGCUGUUCAAUGCUAGCUACAGCAGCUCUCUCUCUCCUCUAUAUACAAAGUAUGGCAAAUAAACCAAUGCAUUAUUUCAU